GCACGUUUCUCUGAGCAGACCGGAGCAUUCAUCCAGCGUUUGCUGAAGCUGCAGCAUUCCCUUCGUAGCCCGGAGAGCAGCGAUGUUUUCCUGCAGAGCGGCCUGGCAAAGGUGUGGGCCUUUGGCACGGACAGCAGCCUAUAGGUUGCCCCGGGAUGUUGUGCAGCGGCGGCAGAUGUCAUCGGUCCCUGGUGGGUCUGGGGAGAACAUAGUCUACGCCUUGCUGUGCGGUGCGGCCUUUGUUGGUGGUGCGUCAUAUGCGUACAGCACUGUGUCCGGCGACAGUGCCAGGUACAAUGAACGCGUGGCAGAAAUCCAGGCCAGACCCAAAACGGAGUGGACACCUAAACCAUGGCCACCCAAGAGCAAGGACCAGGAAGAGGUGUAAUGGUAAAGCUAAGGUCCUCUGUGGCCGCAUGGAUAUUCGUCCUAGAACUGGACUCUUUGGAUGUGAACGGGAAAACAAACCCCCUCUCUUCCUCCUCCUCCUUACCUUCUCUCCUGUACUGCUAAGAAAGAAAACGAGUCCUCCACUCGGCCUUAAACCUCUGGACAAUUCUCUGAAGGAUGCUGAUUCAGUGCUCCUUUCUUCAUUUUGUUUGCCUCUCGCUGCUAAUGUUAAUGUGUAAAUCUGUGAAGAAGAUAAAUGGACUUGACAGAAGUAUCCACAAACCAAUUUUGACAAUGUUUUCUCUUAACAAUGUGCUACAUCAUUUUUCAACACCACUCUGGUUUUGAAUGCUACAAAAAUGCUACUGUUUACUGACAACUAGCAGGUCCUCCACAUUGUAACAGAGCCUCAACAGAACCUUAAUGUAUGCUCAAAGUGUUAGCAUUUAGCCCAUUAUCAUGAAAUGCUAACGUGCUGGCGGGCUAUUAUCACUCCCAGUAGCCGAAUCAUAGUUGACCCCUGAGCCAAUCUCCCACAACUCGGUGUAUUCCUGUUAAUGUAGAACAAAUGGUGGCGGUAUCUCAGUUAAAAAUUAAAGACUCACAACCUA